GCGAGGAAAAAUUACACUGCAUGGACCUAGAACAUGACCCAUCACAUCAAGACGCUGUACAUGAGACCCGCACGCCGUCUGGCCCGCGGUGAAAAUUGUGCAAAAUACUCUUUGUUAUUUUAACAUGCGCGAAUUUAAUUGUUUAAGAAAGAGGCAGCAUUCUGCAAAUUAUGUAGUUAGUGGCUAGUUUCCUUUGCUUCCUGCUGCGCGUGAACUUGCAUGCUUUCGGUUACCCUCAAUUGCCACCAUGGAGAAAUAUAACAAAUUUUUGAAGGCUUUACGAAUACCUGGCACCGACUGGCUUCCUGCGCGCUACGCUAUGUCUAUGUUAUGCUUUUUUGGAUUUUUCAAUUUAUAUGCUUUGCGGGUCAAUCUUAGUGUUGGGAUUGUUGCAAUGGUCAAUCGGACAGCCGUUGCAGAACUGAAUAAAGCGACGAUUCCAACCACCAAUGCAAGUUUUUUCAAUAGCACAGCUUCUAAUAUAUUUGCCAACCAAUCCAAAAUGAAAAAUUCGGACGAAUGCCCUUAUCCAUCUGCAGAUAAUUCCACAAAACCCGGUGCUCGUGGGGGCGACAUAGUGUGGACGAACAAAAUCCAAGGCAUGAUUCUGUCAUCAUUUUUCUGGGGAUACAUUUGUACGCAGCUGAUCGGCGGAUGGCUAUCCAGUCAACUGGGUGCCAAACAUCCCUUCGGUUUCAGUAUCUUCGCCUCGGCCAUCCUGUCUUUCUUUAUUCCCAUGGCGGCGCGUUAUCAUUACGGAGCUGUUCUGGUUAUUCGUGUCAUUCAAGGGUUUACCGAAGGAUUCAGCUAUCCAGCAAUGCAUGCGUUGUUGGGCAAAUGGGCACCGCCAUUAGAAAGGUCACGAAUGGCUGCUAUCUCGUAUUCCGGAGUGCAAACUGGGACGGUGAUCACGAUGAUCCUGUGCGGUGUUUUGGCGGAGAACCUCGGAUGGGAGAGCAUUUUUUAUUUCUUCGGCGCACUGGGAGUGAUCUGGUACGCUUUUUGGUUGCUUUAUGCCUCCAGUACACCGGAGUCGCAUCCGCGUAUCUCCGAAGAAGAGCUCGACUACAUUCUAACCGCCAUCGGGUCGCAGCGUGGUGUGUCGCCGCCGGUGCCCUGGAAAGCCAUUCUGCGCUCGGUGCCGGUGUGGACGGUGUGUGUGGGUGCCUUUGGGCACAAUUGGGGAUUCUACACCCUCUUGACCAAUAUUCCCUCCUACCUAUCCAAAGUACUCCAUUUCAGCAUUCAAAAUAAUGGCUUCAUAUCGUCUCUGCCCUACCUCGCCACAAUUCCUGUGAUGACCCUUGCCGGUUAUGUUGCCGAUGUGCUGAGGACGCGCAAAAUCCUCACCCAGACCAACAUCCGGAAAUCGUUCCAUUUCAUUGGCCAACUGCUGCCGUCGUCGCUGUUGAUCUUGCUGGGCUUUGUCGGAUGUGACUGGUACGCAGCUAUAACGGUGCUGGUGUUGGCAGUGGGACUGGAUGGAAUAGCCUCCAGUGGCUAUCAGUUCAACCAUGUCGAUAUCAGUCCAACGUACGCCGGCAUCCUGAUGGGUCUCUCCAACACGGUGUCCUCCAUACCGGGCAUGAUUGGUCCGUCCAUUGUGGGCGUGAUCACCGAUGGCCCUUCUGGCAACUCGGUUGUGGCCUGGCGGCUGGUGUUCUACAUCACCGCCGCCGUCUCCAUGUCCUGCGCUAUCUUCUUCGCCAUCUUCGCUUCCGGUGAACUGGGCUCCUGGGAGGUGGUGCGGCCCAAGGAGCAGAAGCAGAUGCUGGAGGAUUCCCCGCCCGUCAUGACUGACAUCCCGCUAACCAAUAAGAGAGCCUCCCGACCGGAAGUCACACCUUUCGGGAUUGUGCGCGGUCGCAAGAGCCUCAUUCCGCAGACAGAUUCCACUGUGAAUUUUGUAGACGAAGAAAAGAAGGUUAAUGAUGUGUAGAAUUCACUGUCCGCCUCUCAUCCCAAUAUUUGGUUUGCAUGAUUUUCAUUAAAAACUAUUUCCUAAAUGUGGUAAUAUUAUUCGUUGGAUAUCGUAAUUAAUUAGCAUGCGUUUGAGUCGGUUUAACUAAUACUUUGUACAGAGACAAACACGAUUGUACUGUAUUUCGUGUACAUAGAGGGUUCAGUUCGUUAAGCAUUAGUUUAUUUCGGUUUUGGUAGUAAUGAGUGUGUUUUAUUUUACAGGAUGAAUUUUACAAACAAAAAUAAAGGGUGAUGUCACAGG